ACUUGUUGCUGUUGGGUUCUUCGGUAAAUAACUAGCAAGUCAAAAUUAAUGGAGUUUCUGGAUAGUUGGAGUAAGGGAUAGAUUGGAAUGCUCAUAAAGCUUUCAUCUUUAGUGUUCUUUUCUCUCUAAACAUUCCCUGCCUUUUCUUCCAUUUUCUUCGCUACCAAGCAGAGCAUAAAGAGUGUUGUUUGAGUGGGAGAAGGAUGUUGCUUUCCCAUUGAAAUGGAUAACAGAAUGGGGUUGGGUUUCACUGUUCAUAUAUCUGCAAGGGGAAGCAGUUUAAGGCUCUAUCCGCUUUGAAUUGUAGACUGCUGUUCUGCCCUAUUGAAAACCUUGGUUAGGAAGUUCAUAAAGAUGGAAGAGAUACAGUCUCAAUCAGAAAACUACAGGUCUUCUUCAUCCUCGGCAAGCAGUCCAGCUAGUAGGGUGCCUUCAAGCAACUUCUUCUAUCUCAGGAAGCCCGGUGCACUUAGGCAACCAAUCUCAUUUGAAGAUUCACCUGAAUGGGAAACAGAUGCUGACGUUAGAAUGGAGGAAGGAGUUGAUCAAGACUCCAUCAAUAUGGCCACCACUCCAGCUUCUCCAUCUCUUUCCAAGCUCAACAGUGGCUCACUGCCAUCUCCACCUAUACCAGAAACUGCUUCUUCUUCAGUGAGAAAGAUUGCAGGUGCUUGUGUUGUGUGGAAAGACUUGACCGUCACGAUUAAGGGGAAGAGGAAGUAUUCAGAUAAGGUCAUCAAGAGCUCAAGUGGGUUGGCAUUGCCAGGGACAAUGACUGUGAUUAUGGGGCCAGCUAGAUCUGGCAAAUCCACUCUCCUAAGAGCCAUUGCAGGAAGAUUGCAUCAUUCGGCCAAAGUGUAUGGUGAAGUGUUUGUGAAUGGCACUAAGUCACCCAUGCCUUAUGGCUCCUAUGGUUUUGUCGAAAGAGAAACUACGCUAAUUGGAGCACUUACUGUACGAGAGUUUCUGUACUACUCUGCAUUGCUUCAACUUCCUGGCUUUUUCUGCCAGAAGAAGAAUGUGGUUGAGGAUGCCAUCCAUGCUAUGUCGCUGACUGAUUAUGCAAAUAAGUUGAUUGGAGGCCACUGUUUUAUGAAGGGACUGCCGAGGGGUGAGAGAAGGCGUGUGAACAUUGCUAGAGAACUUGUCAUGAGGCCCCAUGUGUUGUUCAUAGAUGAGCCCCUUUAUCAUUUGGACAGUGUUUCUGCACUUCUGAUGAUGGUUACCUUAAAGAAACUUGCUAGCACGGGAUGCACUCUCAUUUUCACUUUAUACCAAAGCAGCACGGAGGUGUUUGGUCUCUUUGAUCGAAUUUGCCUGCUUUCGAAUGGAAACACAUUAUUCUUUGGGGAAACAUUGGCUUGCUUGCAGCACUUCUCAAAUGCUGGAUUUCCCUGCCCUAUUAUGCAAAGUCCGUCCGAUCACUUCUUGCGUGCCAUUAAUACGGAUUUUGACAGGAUCAUUGCUAUGUGCAAAAACUGGCAGGAUGACCAUGGCGAUUUUUCAUCAGUGAAUAUGGAUACUGCUGUUGCAAUACGCACCCUGGAAGCAACCUAUAAACAAUCGGCAGAUGCUGCUGCUGUUGAAAAUAUGAUCGUGAGACUCACUGAAAGGGAAGGUCCACUGCUCAAAACCAAGGGAAGAGCUGGCUUUGGGACAAGAAUUGCCGUGCUGACUUGGAGAUCUUUGCUCAUUAUGUCAAGAGAAUGGAAAUACUAUUGGCUUCGCCUUAUUCUCUAUAUGGGCCUUACAGUAUGUAUCGGUACUGUAUUCUCAAGCUUGGGCCAUUCUCUUUCCUCAGUCGUGACAAGAGUUGCUGCUGUAUUUGUGUUUGUCUCAUUUACUUCACUUCUUAGCAUUGCUGGAGUACCUUCACUUCUGAAAGAAGUCAAGGUAUAUGCAAGUGAAGAAUCGAACAUGCAUUCAGGGGCGCUAGUCUUUUUACUUGGCCAGUUCCUCUCCAGCAUACCCUUCCUAUUCCUAGUCUCCAUCUCAUCAAGCCUAGUAUUCUACUUCCUAAUCGGGUUACGAGAUGAGUUCAGCUUGUUAAUGUACUUCGUCCUCAACUUCUUCAUGUGCCUCCUAGUGAAUGAAGGACUAAUGCUUCUCGUCGUUUCCCUCUGGCAACAUCUCUUCUGGAGCGUCCUCACAUUGGUGUCCAUUCACGUGGUGAUGAUGCUCUCAGCAGGAUACUUCAGAAUCCGAAACGCCUUGCCUGGCCCGUUCUGGACAUAUCCCGUGUCAUACCUCGCUUUCCAUACAUACUCCAUUCAGGGACUUUUGGAGAACGAGUACCUGGUGACUACAUUCGCUGUAGGCCAGGUGAGAAGCAUUUCGGGGUACCAAGCUAUCAGAAGCGCAUACGACAUCUCUCUCGACAACAAUGCCAAAUGGGAGAACUUGUUGGUUUUGCUCAUCAUGGUGAUCGCGUACCGGGUUUUAGUGUUCCUCGUGCUCCAUUUGCGCGUGGGGAAAAAUGCUUCGGUACUAAAGUUUUGCAGGUUUGAACAUGUUAAUAAGAGCAGCAGUUCCAGAUGAAAAGGAGGAACUGAUCUCUGUUGUUAAAUGUUGGCAAUUUUUGUUGCUUCAAAUGAAAGUAAAAACAUAAAUUUAUUUCUUCCCUUGCCUUGUGUCUUUGGUGCUUGCUUCUCUUAGUAUGCUCAUUACGUGCGGUGGAGGGUUCAGUGCAAUUAACGUAGUUAUUCAACCUAAUUACACAAAAGAAAUUAGGCGGCUGACCAAAUUGUACCUAAUUCCUCAUGUA